AACUCUCUUACAAUAGCGGAAAACAAAAUGUCUCAAGUUGUUGGAACGCUCCUUGCAGCGACCUGCCUGUUGCCAUGUUAGAGACGCGCGUGUGUAACCUAGCAACUGACAGGCAACAUGACGAUCUCCAGGUGCACUUUGACAAAACAGUCCUUACGAGCAGGCUUCAGGUAAAGCUCAAUAUCUCUGUUAUCACUGCCUCCACCAAAAUGCAGCAGGCUCCAAAGGAGCGAGUUUUCAUCGAACAAAUGGUCACCAGCCGGUUUUACCCAAAUACUUCAGGAAUAUUCUCUAAUGUCCAUGAUGGCAUCAAGGCUUUCCCUCAACGUCCAAGAUCACCAAAUCGUAAUAAACCCCAACCCCACUGUGCAAGAUACAUUAGAAGUAAUACAAGAUUUAUCAAUGAGCCAUUUGCAUAUAUGGAAUCUGAAGAUACAUUGUCAAAGCAGCGUCAUGGAGCCUUUGUGUGCGCACAGAUAAACUCACAGAGUGGAAAGAUAGCUCCCAGAGGAGGAAAGGCAUUCCUGGUUACUGAAGGGUCACAUUCACUGGAACAGUUAAAAGAAGAAAAAGGAAAUGUGGGGGAAGACAUAUUGGCCUCACCCAAGCCCGGCUCAAUGAAUUUUCAACAGAUGCUUUGUUCUGGAACUUGCUUAUCAAAACCAGACCCUGAAUAAGCAGCCAAGAUUUAUCCCAGAAUUCUUACUGAAGGACAAAACAGCUUAUGGUCACAGACAGAUGAAGUCCACAGAAGACUCAGUGAACAUCAGCAAGUUGCUCUGGAUCUUACAUCAACAACAAAAUCAAAAUGUAGCCAUGUUAGUACAACUGUUAGCACACCAUUGUGUCAAUCACUUGUUUCUCAAGUUAAUCGUUAACAUGUUACAAUCAGCAACAAAACAUUAAACAAGCACUGGCAGCAGUCAGCACUUUAAAAGUAUAUAAUUUGUUUUUUUAAAAUGGCAGGGUUAUUCAGUAGUUUAAUCUUCUUAACUAUCAUCAUUAUACAAAAAAUGGUUUUCUGCAUGAUAAAUGUAUAAUCGGGUUAAUUUUGCUUAAACUUUAUUGUUGGAGUACCAAUAAAGUAUUCCAAUACUUUAUUGUGGCUAAAUGAGUUGGCUACUGUGGCUAUUUAUGUAUUGUUGCCAGCUACAGCUUUGCUCAUGGGCCUGUGCUUCUCAGUGUAUUUUAUCAGCAGUACAAAGCAUUCAAAAAUUCUGGCUUAAUUUUAAAUUGAAUAUUUUCAUUAUUCUUGUAUACAUUGUCAUUGCUGCUGUAUUCUGUCCUGAGUAGGAACAGACCAGCCAUACAGAAUAUCUAUAACUCUUAUUUAUGCAUUACAUUCUUAUGUGGUAGUGUAAAAAAUUGCAAUCACAAAUGUGAAAUAGUGUUGGAAAGUUGAGAUAUUAAAAACAGGAAUUAACAAAUUAUUCUUAGCAUUAAGUGCUGUAGUUCCACAUAUACCUCAACAGCACACAGUUAAAAAAUGCAUGGUUCCUUUUGUGACUAGAAUUGCAUACACUUUUUCCUAAACUAUCAACUUCAAUUUCAAUACACUUUUUUGAAAUUAGCAUAUGAAGCACUCACACGGUGCCCCAAAUAUUAGGUCCAAUGAGGUUAUUUGUAAUCCAGUAUGAAAACAAUCACAUGUUUUAGGUUGAGUUUUGGACCCCACUAAUGCCAGUUUGUAAAUUUGAAGUCAGUUUUUGGAAAAUGAAAUAAAUAUAGAAUUAAAUGUUUCUAUUCGCAAUUGUGACUGUGUAGCUGCUUAUUAUGACAAAAUCAGUAGUUUACUAAUGCCCUUCAGAUAAGGAAACUUGUGA